AAGUUACUUUCAUGUGCUUUUAUAAGUUAACAAACAUGUUAUUUAAACAAAAAUUAAAUGCAUGUUGAAGAAAUAAUAUAUGUUAGAUAGUGAAGUUCAUAAAUGUCACCAUCUCUGAUAAAAUCCAGACUUAACAAACAUGUUUACUGUGUCUUCUGGGCAUGAAAUUACUCAAACAAGAAAGGAAUAUAUUUUGUCGAGCUGCUGUAAUACUGAUCAAUGAUGACGCCGGAAUCGGAGAAGUUGUUUUUUGCAAUCUAUAUCAUUGUUUUAUGUACUAGCUGUAUCGGAUCUUCUUUGUGUAUUGCUGGCCAUUCAGAAUGCUCGACACUCAAUGGAGACGAAAGUACAACUAGCAAUGAAGAAGAAAAUAAUUCAACAGACUGUUCGCAUAUAUUAAUUAAAGUUGGAACAUACAUUACGAUGGCUACUAGCAUAACGUCACUGGUAAUGCUAUGUUGUUUCUGGCCUGGAAAGAAAGUUUGUAGUUGUUGCCGUAAGACAAGGUCGCAAAAAGAUAGGCCUCUAACGUUUGGGAAAAAGAAGAAUUUUGAAAAGGAUCCAGAAACCGUUUUUCUAUGUGCUAAUGCAUGCAGAACACUAAGUGUCUUAGCACAAGGCAUUAUUCGGCUACGUGUUGCAUUUUACUUUCUAACGUUGCUGGAAGUCGUUUUGAUAAAGUUAAGCCUCGAAGCAUUAAUCCUCCUACUAGACGUGUUAAUGGUGCUUGCACUUAUGAUGAAAGUAUAUAGGAAGGAUGAAGAUAGUGGCACACCAGAACUUAUAUCAGUUGUCAUAUGAAGCAAUAAAUGUAAAACAUCUUUCAUCUCCUGCCUGAGGUUACAGUAUUUUAAAUAAAGAAAGAAGGCACAGUUACAAUUGCGUUUUGUGCAGCCUGCUUGACGUAGAACUGACACAACACAGCCCGAUGCGAUUUAUCAAGUAAGGGACAGUCUUUAGGUCGUUGUGAGCAAAGCUUGGUUUCCUUACAAUCGCUACACUGUCGCUACAGUGAUUUCAGUGCUGUAAGCGUUGCAAUCCCCGACGCAAUCGGGAAGGCUCCCCAAUUCGACUGACCAAUCAGCAUCACCGAAAGCUGUCGGCGAUAGCAUGUAGCGACUGUAUGAAAACUAAUUCGACGCGACUGUCCCAGAAGGUACGCGUCUGUAUUUUAGAAGUCAUCGGAUGUUGAUGCUUAUCCAUAUCCGGAAGAAAUGGAAUAGAGGCUUAAAUGUAGCAAAACGCUUACACUCUUCUUCAGCAAAUAUAUGGAAUAACAAUACGAAACUAGACUUUUAUAUAGGCCAAUAUUUUAUUAAAACUAACGUUAACAAAUACUGUAUGUUAAUAUUGCUUGCUUAAAUGUUUAAAAUUAAUAAAAUACUCUACUGUAUUUCACGUAUAUUCUAGUCUAGCACGGUUUUUAACUUAACUGCUUUCAAGGUUUUUAUUGAAAUACUCUACAAACAUAUGAAAAAGCUGGUUAUUAAAGUUAAUAUGAAAUUUAAUAAAGGCAAAUAGUGAAGCUUACAAGAACAAACCGGACUAAGCCACCUACAUAUGCCUAUGACUAUGCAAUCUUACCUUACUGGUCUCUGCUGUUGUACUGAAGAAUGAAGCAGUGUAUUCGUGUAACCUAACGUGUUGCUGACGUCGCGUUUGAAUAUUGUUUUUUUUAGUUUAUCAACAUGAAAUUAUGUACCCUGAAAUGCAAACGUUUUAAGAACAGGAAUGUAGAGAACUAGCUUUGUAACGCAGAUAUGAUAUUCAUCAUCAUUAAUACCUUUUGGGUGGAUAGUAUGUAAUUUUUAAUCCGUAACGAUUUUCUCGUCUGAUAAUUGAUUCUUGUUUAUGAACGGUAUGCUUAAUGUCUAUCUUUAAAUGAAUGGUCCUCAUAUCCACACCCUACUCUUGAUUGUCACCAAAAUUUGAUUAUCUCUUCAUUUGAUCAUGAAAACCUAUUCUGCCAAGUUUCAUUCUUAUCCAUUAAUAACUGGGAUGUAAGCAAUUUAAAUGACCCCCAAAUUAACACCCUAAAGCAGAAUCGUCCCCAAUACAAUGUCUUCCUUGUAACUUGGUUAAACCUUCCCCCAAAGUUUCAUUCGAAUCAGUUGACUUGUUUUUUUAAAUAUUUGGUCAGGGACUUUUUCCUUUGAGUCCUCAUAUCCACACCCUACUCUGGAUUGUCACAGAAAUUCAAUCAUUUCUUUACUAGACUACAGAAAGUUUCAUUUAGACCUAUUAAAAACUGGGACCUCAGAAAUUUAAAUGACCCUCACAUUUACACCCUCAACUCGAUCGUCCACAACACAUGCAAAUUUCUUCCUUGUAGUAUAAAAAAAAUCUGAAAAAAUGAUGUCAUGAGGAGUGGACUGUUAGAAGGAGUCAUCCAUGUCAGAUGUCUUUAUUGACAUCUUCUGGUCACCCUCAGCCUGAAUGACAUUUGCGCCAGAGCCUUAUAUGCAAAUUAUGGACAUUUUUCAAAAUGACCGCCAAAUAUAUAGAAAUGUACUUAAAAUUCAAAAUGAUUUCACCAAAAUUUACUGAGGGACUACUUUUUACUACACAUGUUAUGUUUCACACAGAAUCCAAGCAACAUAUAAUAUUGAAACAUUUUAUUUUCAAAUAUUGAGACAC